UUUAAUGCACAAAUAUGACAUGUUUAACAUUUUGAUUAGAAACGUGGCGAGUUUUAGCAGAUUGCGUCACUUCCUGUUUGUGUGACAGGGGGAGGAGCUACAGCUGCACCGGCUGACAGGACGCUGUGGGUUUAACGUCCAUCUACUCUUAAGACGCCGUCCCGCUGCCGUGCGGCUGUUUCUGCGGUUCUGGUUCCGAGCGCCGCGGACUGAGCCUGAGCCAUGGUGCAGGAGUACCAGUCCCCGGUCCGGGUCUACAAGCGUCCCUUCGAGGUGAUAAUGGCGGCUUAUGUGAGGAGGUUCCCGAAGUGUCCCCUGAUCCCAGUGUUUGUGGACAGUGAGAUGAUCGGCGAGACCCACAACGAGGACGGCUCUGUGGUAAUAACGGAGAGGCGCUGUACGAUCGACAUCGAUGCCCCUCGACUCCUCAAACGGAUGGCUGGGGUGGAGUACCUGUACUUCAUUCAGAAGAACACCCUGAACCGCAGGGAGAGGACGCUCCGCAUCGAGGUCCACAAUGAGACCUUUUCCAACAGAGUCUUCGUUCGCGAGUGCUGCAACUACACGGUUCAUCCAGAGAAUGAAGACUGGACAUGCUUCGAACAAACCGCUAGUCUGGAUAUCAAGUCCUUUUUUGGCUUUGAAAGCACGGCUGAGAAGAUCGCUAUGAAACAGUAUGCUAGUAGUAUUAAAAAGGGUAAAGAAAUCAUAGAGUACUACCUCAGAGAGCUGGAGGAAGAAGGGGUAACUCACAUCCCUCGCUGGACCCCUCCUGCUGUCUCUGGCACCAGCAGUGCCAGGCGUCAGCUGCCGCCAUCUACAGCCAGAGCCAUCCCAGUGAACGGUGCCAGGGAUGGGCUGCACAGUAAAGACUCAGAGCUGCUGACUGGCUCCCCUGACGACAAGUUGGAUGCUGACUACAUCAGACGUUACCUAGGUGAUUUCACGCCUCUGCAGGAGAGCUGUCUUAUUCGACUGCGCCAGUGGCUCCAGGAAACCCACAAGGGAAAGAUUCCAAAGGAUCAGCAUGUGCUGCGCUUCUUGAGGGCCAGAGACUUUAACUUGGACAAAGCCAGGGAGCUGUUGUGCCAGUCUCUAACCUGGAGAAAGCAACAUCAGGUGGAUUUCCUGCUUGACACGUGGGAGCGCCCACACCUGCUUCAGGAGUAUUACACGGGAGGCUGGCAUCACCACGACAGAGAGGGACGCCCCCUGUAUGUUUUGCGCUUGGGUCAAAUGGACACUAAGGGUUUGGUGCGAGCCUUGGGGGAGGAGGCGCUUGUCCGACAGAUGCUGUCAGUCAAUGAGGAGGGCCUGAGGCGAUGUGAGGAGAACACCAGAGUGUUCGGUCGACCCAUCAGCUGCUGGACUUGUUUGGUGGAUCUGGACGGUCUUAACAUGCGUCACCUGUGGAGGCCGGGCAUAAAGGCUCUGCUGAGGAUUAUCGAGGUGGUAGAAGCCAACUAUCCUGAGACUCUAGGGCGCCUCCUCAUUCUCAGGGCCCCUAGAGUUUUCCCAGUGCUUUGGACCCUGGUCAGCCCGCUGAUCGAUGAAAACACUCGCAAGAAGUUUCUUGUGUAUGCUGGAAACGACUACCAGGGUCCGGGAGGUUUGGUGGAUUACAUUGACAGAGAGAUCAUCCCCGAGUUCUUGGGAGGCAACUGCAUGUGUGACAUCCCUGACGGAGGCAUAGUCCCCAAAUGUCUGUAUAGGACAGCAGAGGAGUUGGAGAGCGAGGAGAACAGACUGCUGACUGACUCCAUCUAUAAGAGCGCUAGUGUCUUCAAAGGAGCGCCGUAUGAGAUGCUCAUAGAGAUCACAGAGGCCUCCUCUGUCAUCACUUGGGAUUUUGACGUGUGUAAAGGAGAUGUGAUCUUCAACAUCUACCAUUCCAAAAGGGCCCCUCAGCCCAGUAGGAAGGACGCUCUUGGAACCCAUGGCAUUGCAUCUCUGGGUGCUGUCAGUCCACAGCUGAUAGACAGGAGCUGGGUGCUGGGCCAGGACUACAGCAUGGUGGAAAAAGCCCUCACCUGCAGGGAGGGAGAGAGCGUACAGGGCUCCCACGUUACACGCUGGCCCGGCUUCUACAUCCUCCAGUGGCGUUUCCACACCUCCCCACCCUGCACCGUCUCCAGCAUGCCUCGAGUGGACGAUGUGCUGGCGUCUCUGCAGGUCUCCUCCCACAAGUGUAAGAUCAUGUUCUACACCGAGGUGCUGUCAUCCCAUGACUUCAGGGGAUCCAUGACCAGUCUGGAGUCAUGUCACAGCGGCUUCUCCCAGCUCAGUGCUGCCACUACGUCCUCUAGCCAAUCACAUGCCAGUUCCAUCUCAAGGUAGCAUGUGUUCAGAACGUGCACAGCAGCAACUAAACAAGACAGUAUGAACUUAUCUGACAUUUGAAGAGAAGAACAUACUGUAGUUGCACAAAUGUUUAUUCUGUUCUUUCCUUGUACUUGAAGUAGCACAUUUUUGUCUUGAUAAAUGACACCGUAUGUUACUAAUGUACAGUGCAGCAUUUGCACAUGUCUAACUUCGGCUUUGAAGUAAGAUGCCUAUGUAAAAUGACAUUACCAUUAUUAUACUUUGCACAAUAUCUGGAUAAACACAUCCAAAUAGGAGACGAGAGCUAACAACUGAUUACACUGCGUCGGUGUUUAAAGCAUCCAGGUUUAAUCCCUGAAGGGUUUUACUUGAACUGUCCACAAGAUGUCAGUGUGCUCUUUGACUGGGGCUACUCUGCAGUAAACUCACAUUUAUUCUGGUAUGCUGAAGAAUCCAAAGGGGGAUUAAUAAAUAAAGACUUCAUCAUAAAUAUUGAUGUAUCCUCCAAAAUGUGUCUUUCCUCAGUUUUCCGAUGGCGAAUGCAUCACUGGUGCUGUACUGAAGUAAUAUUUAGAUGGAGUAAAAAGAUAGUAAUUUUUUUCCCAAUAGGUGAAGUGUGGUUGGCUGAUAAAAUAAAAUAUCCAUUAAAAUAUGCUGAACACUCCA